UUCCUUUUGUUGCUUUGCUAGACCUAUCCACUCAGAGGCUCUCUGAUAUCUCCCAGCGAGCUGACACGGGGACCCUCAGUGGCGGAUACUCAGGGGUUAUGGGCUACCCUAGGCCUACUGUGUAUCUGCUGCUGUGGUCCAGUCUAGUGUCCGGGCCACCCUACUGUGUAUCUGCUGUUGUGGUCCAGUCUAGUGUCCGGACUACCCUACUGUGUAUCUGCUGCUGUGGUCCAGUCUAGUGUCUGGCCCACCCUACCGUGUAUCUGCUGCUGUGGUCCAGUCUAGUGUCCAGCUGUUGUCAUGGUGGCAUGCACAAAUACAUACUACUCAUUCUAACUCCUCCUUCCUUCACACUCUCCCUCGACUACCUCCAUCCCCACCAACCACCCCCACCUCCCAUCAGUCUAACUCCUCCUUUCUUCACACCCUCCCUCGACUACCCCAAUCUCCACCAACCACCCCCACCUCCCAUCAGUCUAACUCCUCCUUCCUUCACACCCUCCCUCAACUACCCCAAUCUCCACCAACCACCCCCACCUCCCAUCAGUCUAACUCCUCCUUCCUUCACACCCGCCCUCAACUACCCCAAUCUCCACCAACCACCCCCACUUCCCAUCAGUCUAACUCCUCCUUCCUUCACACCCUCCCUCAACUACCCCAAUCUCCACCCACCACCCCCACCUCCCAUCAGUCUUAACUCCAUAUCAACACAUUCAAUAUUAACAUACACAUGUAGUGGUGCUAGUGACUGUUUAAACAAUUUCCUCCUCCGUCAUAUUUAAAUUUAGAUGUUAACACAUUAACCAGCCAUUUGCAUGUCGGAACGAACAGAUUACCUUUUAUGAAAGAUAGAUUUUCACCGUUUUGGUAUAUUUUCAAGCUGUUGCAUGUUGCAUUACAUUAAAAAACAGACAAAUAGAUAUAUUGUACAAACAGUAUACUAUGAUGAAGAAAUCUCACUGUGUUUUGGUAGAGAAAUCUGUUUCUACCAAAACUUUCAUAUUAUGUAAAGAAAGCAAUAUUUCAUGCAUAAUUCCAAUUUAACACUUGGAGAAGUUCUCCACAAAUCAUGCAUGACAUCACAAAGCAAUUCCAUUUGAAGCACGAUGUUUCAAAGCAUUGUGACAUAAUUUUCAACCAAUGAACAUGCUUCCAGCAUUAUAUAUACCACAUGUUAUAAAGUCAUUUGUUCAUUACUCUCAAUGCUUAGUAUUACCUGUGUCGGUGUAGGGAUUGACGAAACAUGGACACGUUAUGGUAGAUAUCCCUCCCACCGCUGCUUAGUACAAUAGUCAGGAGUUGACACAUGUGUGUUAUGGUAGACAUCCCUCCCACCGCUGCUUAGUACAAUAGUCAGGAGUUGACACUUAUGUGUUAUGGUAGACAUCCCUCCCACCGCUGCUUAGUACAACAGUCAGGAGUUGACACAUAUGUGUUAUGGUAGACAUCCAUCCCACCGCUGCUUAGUCAGGAGUUGACACAUACAUGUUUUGCCUGAAAAAAUGUUAAUGACUACAAAAUAAAUGAACCUGUCUCAGCUUAGUAUCAUAGUACAUGUACCAUGUAUACAUUAGUUAUUAUUAGUACAGCUUGCACGUCUUCCCUACACUAAUCCUCGACUCUAUUUAAUACUAACAGACUGCUAGCCUGUGUAGAUCUGUGUAUACUCCUCUAGUGAAGCUUUCCUGUAGUUAGACCAUACGGCUUUUCCAAAAUCAACCUCGCAGGAGGUGUAUAGGGAGGCACUUCAACUACCGUCCGGUAUAAACUUUUAGGAUAUCUUUACCUAACUUCUGAAAGUGGAUUUCCGUGUACUUGUUUAUCUUUUUUAUCUAAUCUAAAAUUAAAGCUUUAAUGUAAUAUUAUUAUAAAUGAAGGUAAAAUGAAACAAUCUGGGAAGACUAGAUGAUUGGUUUAAUAUUGGAAAAACGGGGACAGUGGGAUGUAGUGUCGCCCAAGACCUUCUAUUUGUUAAUUCUGGAAAAGCCCUUGCUAAAGACACCCUGUGGUCACUUAUAAUCAGAAUAAAAAGGUAUCUUAUCCUUGUAUAUACCUCUAAUAGAGCUACCUGGCCCUUACAGUUGUCAGUUUACAAAAACAAACAUGACAGGUGCCCCUUAUUAUGAGCCUUGUACAUAGACAAAUAUAACAUGGGGCCCCUAAUGUCCAACUUUUCAUACCAAUUUGACAAGUAUGACAGGUGCUCCAAAUGUCCAACCUGGUUAAGAGAUAUGAUCAGUGUCUUUAAUUUCCCACCAUGAAACAGUGCCUCAUAGGAGUAUGCUAUCUUCCUUACAGAGAAGUGAAAUCCUCGUUAAAAAGUGUCUCCACUAUCUUUGUGUUCUUGUUCCAUUUAUCAUUCUAACAGCAUAUUGACUAAAAAUAGGCCGGCGCAUGUGUGACUGCUGUAGCGAAUUUAUGGAAGAAUUUAUUAAUGUCUUUUGUGACAUUUUAAGGACAGCUUCAAAUCAUGUUAAUUGGUAGUAAAAAUAAAAACUUGUCUACAUGUAAAUAAUAUUGCACAAAUUAAUAACUGUUUCCUUGAGAUUUUCUCAUUAUUGUUUCUAAGAGUGAUGUUCUGAUGGGGUUCUGAGAACCAGUCAGACUGCAGUCGGCAGUAUUGGUUUAAAACACAUUUUACAUCUGUGUGUAAGUAGUGCUGAUUUUCAAUCAUGUAAAUGACCUUUCGCCCUUAAUAUUUUAUACAAGUAAUUAUAUUUUACUGUAUAACUUUAACAAGUGAUUCUCUGGUAGAAAAAACUUUCCUGAACAUUUGUUAUAUCUUUUCAAAGUCCACUUUGUAUGUAACCUGUAGUUGUUAGGCAUUCCUUGCCCUUUGACCUACAAUAACAUGAUAACCCAGUUAAACCCUGACCCUUGACUUGUAGUAGAUCAGGAGCCCCCUCCAGACUUGCCCCUCAGGGUGUCUUUGGUCUGUUGUCUCACCCCCUGGAGUAAACGGUGACAUCACUGCUCUGUUCAGCUUAGUGUUGUAGUUACCAUGGCAACUGUUUUAUAGAAUCUUUUUUCUCUGUUGAACAAGUGCUGAAAUUGGUGAAAACAACUCUAUAUUUCUAUAUUCUUUGCAUGAAAAUUAUCAUCAAGAUAAUUCUGAUAACUUCUAUUGAUUUAAAUGAUAAAGAAAGAAAUAAUGCUUUAUAGAAUAAAGAUUAAAUUAAAAAAUAAAAGCAUUUAUCUGUCUGUGAAUUUACAUCAUGUCAUAAUUAUUUUUCAUUUUGG